UCUUUCAACGGUGCUGCUUUAAGAGGUCCGAUAAACAUCAUGCAUCUGCACUCUCGAUAUGUUAUCCCACGACCGUCUGUGUAAAAUCGGGUGUUGACUGAUGGAUUGAUGAAUUAAAUCUCAGCGGGUUUGGGCGGUGCCGUAUCCUGUGUGGCUCAGCUGCGUGGACAGCAGAGAACCAACUGGAAGCCGUUCAUUGAUUCACUCCAACGCAGCCUAGCGCCACAUUAGGCUACAUGAGCACCACCAGCGUUUGCUAGCUAGCCCUUUAACUGGCUCAGCUGUCGACUGAAAUGGCACACUUAAAGCAUUAAAAGUGGCUGUCAAAAAAUGCGAAACUCUUCCUGCGUUCAGUGAAGCAGCAGGGAAUCUGACAAUCAUCAUCAGCGGUACAGCGGACGUGGUGUUUUUGCAGUAAGUAUCAUGUGGUGGGCCUGGCCAUUCCUGCCUGCUCUGGUGCUCCUCUCAGAGCUCUCUGUGGUGAGAGUCCAGACUGCACCAUGCCAGACCUGUCGAAAACUCACAGAAAGUUUCAUUAAGGGCUUGGAGAAAACUGCCAACAAGAAUUUUGGAGGAGGUAACACUGCCUGGGAAGAAGAAAAGCUGGCUAAGUAUGCGCGCAGUGAGACUCGGCUCCUGGAGAUUGUAGAAGCUGCUUGCGAUAAAACAGAUUUUGAAUGCAACCAGCUGCUGGAGCAGAUAGAAGAUCAAGUGGAGACGUGGUGGUUCCACAGGCAGCAGGAAGCACCGGAUUUGUUUGAGUGGUUGUGCAUAGACGAGCUGAGGCUCUGCUGUCCACCAGGGCACUUUGGACCUGACUGCAAAGAGUGUCCAUCGGGCCCUGGUGGUGUGUGUGGAGGUCUGGGACGCUGUGAGGGGGAGGGCACUCGCCUGGGAGAUGGGGAGUGUGUCUGUGAUCCUGGAUACUCAGGUCGUCUGUGCCAGAGCUGUGCUGAUGGGUACUUCAGGGAGAAAAGCUCUAACGAAAGCACAGGAGCCUGUGCAGCUUGCUACCACUCAUGUAAGAAAUGUGCAGGGCCAGAGGACUACAAAUGCCUUGACUGCAAACCUGGCUGGAUCCUUCAUGACAACAAGUGCGUGGACAUCGACGAGUGUGGUACAGAGCUGGCUCGUUGUCCUUCUAACACCUACUGUCACAACACAGAUGGAUCAUAUGAAUGCAGAGGCUGUGACCAGGCGUGUGUGGGUUGCAUGGGUAGUGGUCCUGCCCGUUGCAAGAAAUGUGCACGUGGCUACAGUUUGAAAGGAGCAAAAUGUCUUGAUAUAGAUGAAUGUACCGAACGUGCAUUAGCAUGCCCAGGACUCAAUGAGGCUUGUAUCAAUGAAGAGGGUUCCUUCCAUUGUGACUGUGCUGAAGGAUUCAUUAGACGAGACAGCAUUUGUGUUGAGAAUAAGCCUCCUGCCGGGCCAGAGAAGGGCCUGUUUGACGACAUAACAGAUGAGGAGGUCCUUGUGCUCCAGCAGAUGUUCUUCGGAGUUGUGAUAUGUGCCCUGGCUACCCUCGCCGCCAAGGGUGACAUGGUCUUUACGGCCAUUUUCAUCGGAGGUGUGGCUGCUAUGGCCGGAUACUGGCUGACAGAAAAGGGAGACUACAUGCUGGAUGGAUUUCUGAAGGGACGCUAGAGUGUCUGGGGCCACGACUUGAGAAAGGACCUCGGAAUACCAGCCGGUUAAGGUGAAUAAGACUCAGCUGUGGGAAGGAAACUACUCAUACAAUGCUAGACUUUCAGGGAUUUAUUAAGGAUUGAAGAAUUACUUGAAAGGGCUUGUGUUUAUUUAUGUCUAUGAAAAGCAUAAUGCAGGAAAAAGUUGAGAAGUUGAAGACUAUGAAGCUGUGAAUGUCGAAGAGGAUUUAUAAAGCAGCACUGCACUGAUAGAAACUGAACUUGAACCCCUACCUCAACUUUGUUGGGAACAAGGGUGAAAUGAAGACCACUACUGAUUGUUAAAAUCUAUUAUGCAUUUGGAUGUCUCAUCUGGCCUCGAUGUUGCUUAAGAAAUGAUGUCGUUUUCCUCCACACAGUCAGCACCUCCUGUCAUCACACCCCGUCAUGUUUUUCAUCAUCUCAGUGCUAUGAAGGAGGGGUUUUCUUAUAGACUGAACGAUAUGCAGGUUUUCUUCGUCUUCUUGCACUUGAAUGUUGGCAUUAGAAAAGGGAUUUUAGGUAUUCCACCACAAAAAAGUGAUCUCAUGGUAUAUUUCCACCAUGAAGCACUGGUUAUUUAUGUUCACUGAAUGACUUUUUACCUCCUUUCUUUUUGAAUGAUUCUUUUUAGUCAUAAUGCAUGAAAAUAGGACUUGAAAUGAAAGAUACUACACUGUAUGUAUUCAUUUAUUGUAAUACCAGACUUUGGUAUGGAAACAGCCAAAUCGCCAGCAUUACUGCUACUGACCCACUUGAUGAGUGUUUGAGAGAAUAUGCUGAGAUCAGUGGUUCUCAACCUUUUUCUAGCAUGACCACCUUCAGCAGCUCAAAAAGUCCACCCCCCAGCCACACAAUUAAUCAGUCACUAACAGUGAUACAGUAGGGGAAGCAACCAAUGAACGAAUGAAGGUAUCAACAAAUUCUUUUUUGUUUUCUCUACGUAAAUCAUAUUCAGUCAGCUUUGUCACUUAUUAUUUUCCCCCAGGAGGGUCCACCACCAGUUUGAGAACCACCAUCUUAUAUAAAUACCAGCUCUAAUCUGACUGGUUAAAGUCAUUUGCUGUUGCCUUUAAUUUAUUUGGAAAGCAAUAUUUAUUGGGAAGAUGUUUAUCAUAUUUUGCUCUUGACAUAUCCUCUGUAUUUUUUAUUUUCAAUGCAGUUUCCUUAUCUGGUCAGUUUUAAUUUGAGCAGAUAUAGUAGCAUCAUGUUAUAAAGCCACUGGAGCAUCAUGUCUCACCCGUCCAUUUAAAUUUGCCUUUGGUUUUUGUAGUGUGGAAAGUUGUCCACAGAGUCAUUAUUCAUUGUAGGUGUUUACUUUAGAAUAAAAGGUUUGUCACUC